GUUAAAGUCCGUCCCUUUUCCUAGGGCGCCAUCUUUAAUUUCUGCCCACCUCGCUGCUGCUGUGCGUGCUUGGCUGUGUGCUAAAACUCUGCACAGGUGCUACCUGAAAAUGAGAAAGAUGAUGUACUUGUGUUUACUUGUCAUUCUGAUGCUCUCCUCUACCCAAGGAGACCAUCAUAUUGGCCAUCAUCAUUAUGACCAUCCACCACAACAACAUAAUCCUCAUCCAGAUCAUCAUCAUCCUGCUAAAGACGCAAAGCAUGAUCACGAGCAUGAUCCGCAUAAGCAUCAUGACCAUCCACAUCAUCAUCAUCUUCAUGACAAAGACCAUAAACAUGACCAUAAAGCAGACUCACAAGAGGAAAUGCUGUGCCAGAAAAUAUCCCCAGGCAAUUUCGACUUUGCAUUCAGAUUCUUCAAACACGUUGCUUCAAAGCCAAAUGAGGCUUUCAAAAACAUAUUCUUUUCUCCACUUAGUAUCUCUGCUGCAUUCUCCAUGCUAUCUCUUGGAGCCAAACAGAAUAGUCUGGAUCAGCUAGUUGAAGGACUAGGAUUUAAUCGGACCGCACUUACUGACUCUGACAUUCACCAUGGUUUUGAACACCUUUUCCAUAUGUUAAACACUCACAGUGUAGAUCUGCAGCUUAACACUGGAAGUGCUCUUUUUUUAAGAGAAGGAAUUAAAUUCCAACCACAGUUUUUAAAUGAUGCCCAGCACUAUUAUGCAGCAGAAGCAUUUCAUACUGAUUUUUCAAAAUCUGUUGAGGCUGUAAAGCAAGUCAAUGACUAUAUCGAGAAGAAGACAAAUGGUAAAAUUGUGAAUUGUUUGGCAAGUGUUGAUCCAGACACUGUAGCACUUCUUCUAAGUUAUAUUGCUUUCUCAGGUAAAUGGGAAAAGCCAUUCAAUUCUAAUCUAACCAAGGAAGAAGAUUUCUUCGUAAAUGAGAAUGUUACUGUUAAGGUACAAAUGAUGUACAGAAAUGGCAGAUAUAAAGUACAUCUUGAUACAAGCAAGGGAUUCCAAUUUGUAGAGAUACCUUACAAAGGAAAUACUGUCAUGAUUCUUAUUCUGCCAGCAGAUGGUAAAAUGGAUGAAGUAAUACAGAGUUUGACUCUUGAAAAAAUAAUGAAUUUGCAUAAGACAGCAUUUGUCAGCAAUAUAAAUCUGCACGUUCCAAAGUUUUCUAUUAAGGCAUCCUACAAACUUCAUGAACUACUACCUGAAAUGGGCAUCAGUGAUAUAUUUAGUGAUCUAGCAGACCUUUCAGGAAUCGUAGAGUCACCAAAACUGAAGAUUUCCCAGGCUCAGCAAACAGCAGUUAUAAAAGUUGACGAGACGGGGACAGAAGCUGCUGCAGUAACUACAAUAGAAGCAAUGCCCAUGUCGUUACCUUUUACGGUGAAAUUAGACAGACCAUUUCUCACCUUAAUUUGCAAUCAUGACACAAAAACAUUACUGUUUAUGGGGAAAGUGAUCAACCCAGUUCAAAGUUCACAUCCAAAGUAAUGCAUCACAAAGAAUGUUUUGUUACAUAUAAGCUGGCUGAGAUCAUUUUUGUUGCUGAAAAACUUUUCCUAAGACUGUAACAAUGGUUUAAUAAUAUGAAGGUUGUUAAUAAAUUGAAAUAUCCAA